CCCGGUUCACAUUUCGGGUCCAAAAGUAGUUUUAUCAUCUCAGUCUCAUCCACACACACGUUAUCAGCCACAACAAUGGCUCUCACAGGAAACCGAAUUCUCUGCAACAGCCAAUUCAAUCUUAACCGUCCAUUCUUACUUCCAUCAACUACUACUUCUUGGUCUCAGGGUCGAAGAAGUAAAUUCACAGUGUUAGCUGCAAAGAAGUUUACUUCAGGGAAGAACAAGAGAAGUAGUUCGAUUUCAACUAAAGAAGCAGUAAAAGAAGAAGAUGAAGAAGAGUUUCAAAAGAUUAAUAUUAGUAUUGGUAGUGAAGAUGGUGGUGGUGCAAGUGUGAUGAUUGAUGAUGGUUUUGUGAUGCCACAGCUUCCUGGUUUGGAAACUGACUUUUGGGAAGGUCCUCAAUGGGAUGGUUUUGGAUUCUUUGUUCAGUAUAUGUGGGCUUUUGGCGUUCUUUUUUCGCUAAUUGCAUGUGGUAUUGCUGUGGCCACAUAUAACGACGGAGCUACAGAUUUCAAGGCUACUCCUGUGUAUAAGGAAGCAAUUCAAUCACGAGAACUUCUUGAAGAACCAGAGGCUUCUGACUCGGACGUGUUCGAGUCAAAUCCAACUGAGGAGGCACCUAGUUUGGAAUAGAUAAGUUUGCUAAGUUCACUUCUAAAUGAAGAAUACUCUAUCUUCAUAUUGUGAUAAUUAUGGGUAAAACAGAGUUCCAACUAAGCUCAGAUUCGAAAUACCUCUUACAAGCUGGAAUUUAGUCGCUUUCUAUACUUUCUAUCCAUGUGGCAUUGUAGCACAAAAUAUAAAUGGAACUUAGUUCUUUAUUUCAAAUACAAGUUAAAAGAAUGUUCACAGUG